GCGGAACAUUCAAAGGGGAACUAAAAAUCGUUUACAGUUUCUUCAGUGCAUCCAAAGUGAAACACGCCGAAAGCUACGGAGUGCACGAGGUAGCGUUAGCUCCUCUUAGAAGGUCGUUUGAAAACAGGUUUAGUGUUUUCGAUAAAUAUUUGAGUGUUUUCAGUGAAAAUGUCUUCAGUUCAGCCUUAGAGAGAGUUUAUCAACGAGCAGGUAACUCCUGCUGAAGAAACAUUCACAAAGCCGAAAGAAAUCAACGUUAAGAUCGAGGAAGAGAUGGAGGAUCAGCGCAGACUGAUGGAUUUUACUCGGAUACCGAAGAUCAUUUUACACCGGAUAGAAACAUCCACAGAGUUGAAAGAAAUCAACGUUAAGAUCGAGGAAGAGAUGGAGGAUCAGCGCAGACUGCUGGAUUUUACUCGGAUACCGAAGAUCAUUUUACACCGGAUAGAUCUCGCACAAUGUUCUGUGUUUGAAGAGGAGGAGGUUCUCAAUGAAACAGAACCACAGAAGAACCAACUCAUUUCUCGUGGCUCUGCAGAAACUGAGAACCAGGAUCAGGAAGGAAGCAAUUCUGAAGACCCAGGAAAAAAGAGAGAUGAGGAACAGAAACAAAUAGAGAGAUAUGAGAAAACCAAAGAGCAGAAUGGAAGAACUGACACUGAAAAACAAAAAAAGCACAAGAAAGUUCACCGAGGAAAAAAAUUACAUUCUUGUAAAAUUUGUGAUAAAACAUUUUCUCAAAACAGUAACUUGAUGAAACACAUGAUAACUCACACAGGAGUAAAACCUUUCACUUGUUCAACCUGUGGGAAAAGUUACAGACAAAAACAUGUUUUAAUUUAUCACAUGAGAAUUCACACAAGUGAAAAACUGGCCAUGUGUGUGAACUGUGGAAAAGGUUUUUAUAACACCAAGAAUUUAAAGAGACACAUGAGAAUUCACACAGGUGAGAAGCCUUUCUCUUGUGUGACCUGUGGAAAAAGUUUCACUCGAAAAGGCGCUUUAAAUGUUCAUAUAAAAAUUCACACAGUUGAGAAGCCUUUCUCCUGUGGGGCCUGUGGAAAAAGUUUCACUCGAAAAGACACUUUAAAUGUUCAUAUGAAAAAUCACACAGGUGAGAAGCCUUUCUCUUGUGUGACCUGUGGAAAAAGUUUCACUCGAAAAGACACUUUAAAUGUUCAUAUAAAAAUUCACACUGGUGAGAGGCCUUUCUCUUGUGUAACCUGUGGGAAAAGUUACAGAACACAAUAUACUUUAAUUUGUCACAUGAGACUUCACACAGGUGAGAAGCCUUUCUCUUGUGGGACCUGUGGAAAGAGUUAUAGUGAAAGACAGACUUUAACUCAGCACGUGAGAAUUCACACAGGUGAGAAGCCUUUUUCUUGUGGGACCUGUGGGAAAAGUUACAGACGACGACAUGUUUUAAUUUGUCACAUGAGAAUUCACACAGGUGAGAAGCCUUUCUCUUGUGGGACCUGUGGAAAGAGUUAUAGUGAAAGACGGACUUUAACUCAGCACGUGAGAAUUCACACAGGUGAGAAACCUUUCUCUUGUGGGACCUGUGGGAAAAGUUACAGACAACGACAUGUUUUAAUUUGUCACAUGAGAAUUCACACAGGUGAGAAGCCUUUUUCUUGUGGGACCUGUGGGAAAAGUUACAGACGACGACAUGUUUUAAUUUGUCACAUGAGAAUUCACACAGGUGAGAAGCCUUUCUCUUGUGGGACCUGUGGGAAAAGUUACAGACAACGACAUGUUUUAAUUUGUCACAUGAGAAUUCACACGGGUGAGAAGCCUUUCUCUUGUGGAACCUGUGGAAAGAGUUACAGUGAAAGAGGGACUUUAACUAAGCACAUGAGAAUUCACACAGGUGAGAAACCUUUCCUAUGUGGGACCUGUGGAAAGAGUUACAGUAAUAGAAUUAUUUUAACUCGUCACAUGAAGACUCACUCUGACUAGAAGCCCUAGGAACAAAACACCUCAGAUCCGUUUUGGCAUCAGAUCCAGUUGAAAAUCUUUACAAAUGGAAGCAGUGAAAUGUUCUUUUUUUCCAUAAAUAAAAUCUCAAAUAUAAUUUUGAUCUGGUCAGAUUUUGAUUUAGAGCUAACCAUAGAGAGGUUUUUAUUUUUCCAAAUUUUUGUCAUUUUUAUAUUUUAUAAGAAGCAAAGUAUAUUAUUAAAAAUGUAUGUUAAAAUAUAUAGUUGUAUGUUGAGCAGAAUAUGCUUUUCAAUAACUGUUGAUUUGAAUAAAUAUUGAUGGUUUAUUCAGUGAUUGUCAUCGUCAUGAACUGUUGCCAAAUUUUUAAAUGUCAGCUUUAAGUAAAGCAUCUAAAGA